AAUCCUUAUGAAAUCAUUGACGACGGCGACGACGGCGAAGCUUUUGAUUGGGAUGCUGCUGCACGAAAAAUCGACGUGGCUUGCCAAGUCACGAAGCCCACCACUUUACUUGUUGGUGAUACUUCCAAUUCGCGCCAGAUGACUUUACACAAGUUUUUGGGUAAGAAGGAAACCCCAAGGCCUCAACUUGAGGAUCCCAAGAUCGGCAAGAAUGAGCAAGAUUGCUUCGUAGGAGAUGAAGGGGCAAGCUGCAUUGAGGUCGACGCUGAGGCAGUCAAAACUUGGAUAUACCCAGUCAAUAUUCCUCUUCGUGACUACCAGUUUGCUAUAACAAAGUCUGCUUUAUUUUCAAACACGUUGGUGGCAUUGCCAACAGGACUUGGGAAAACUCUGAUUGCAGCAGUGGUCAUGUACAACUACUUCCGAUGGUUUCCUAGAGGGAAAAUUGUCUUCACUGCUCCUUCUCGGCCACUUGUCAUGCAACAGAUAGAAGCAUGCCAUAACAUUGUCGGAAUACCUCAAGAAUGGACAAUUGAUAUGACGGGUCAACUAAGUCCGGCUAAAAGAGCAUGCUUUUGGAAAACCAAACGAGUUUUCUUUGUCACUCCACAAGUGUUGGAAAAAGAUAUUCAUUCCGGUAAAUGUUUGGUGAAAUACUUGGUAUGUUUGGUAAUUGAUGAAGCCCACAGAGCAAUGGGAAAUUACUCUUAUUGUGAAGUAGUUCGUGAGUUAAUGGCUGUGCCAGUGCAACUGCGAAUAUUGGCUUUAACUGCAACACCGGGAGCAAAGCGGCAAACGGUCCAGCAAGUCAUUGAUAAUCUGCAUAUCUCCAAUCUUGAAUAUCGCAAUGAAAAUGAUCCCGAUGUUAUCUCCUAUGUUCACAAAAGGAAGAUAGAGUUGAUUCAGGUUGCAAUGGGUCAAGAUGCGGUGGAAAUAAACCAGCAGCUUUUGGAAGUAAUACGCCCAAUUGUAGGUCGCCUCUCGACAAUUGGAGUCCUCAAGAAUAGAGAUUACCGCACUUUGAGCCCUUGUGAAUUACUUGAAAUACGGGAAAAGUAUCGUCAAGCACCUCCACAAGAUCUUUCCAGUGUCAACAAUGGGGAUGUUGAGGGCUAUUUUGGAGUUCUUAUUAGUCUUUACUACAUCCAUAAGCUACUUUCAAGUCAUGGAAUCAGGCCAGCGCACGAGAUGCUUGAAAGAAAAUUGAAGCAAGGAUUUUUUGCAAAAUAUGUGAGUAAAAACGAAGUUCUUUUGAAAGCAAGGAUGUCAAUGCAGCAAAACUUAUCUCAUGGAGCACCAAGUCCCAAGUUGUCCAAAAUGCUUGAAAUACUGCGGGAACAUUUCAAAGCCAAUGAUCCUCAGAGCUCUAGGGUUAUUAUUUUCUCGAAUUAUAGGGAAAGUGUGAGGGAUAUAAUGGAUGCACUAGCAAAUAUUGGGGAACCAAUCAGAGCUACUCAGUUUAUUGGUCAAAGUUCAGGGAAAACAAUGAAAGGUCAGUCCCAGAAAGUUCAACAGGCAGUGCUGCAGAAAUUCCGUUCUGGAGCCUACAAUGUCAUUGUUGCUACAUCAAUUGGUGAAGAAGGUCUUGAUAUCAUGGAAGUUGAUCUUGUUGUAGCUUUUGAUGCUAAUGUAUCACCACUAAGAAUGAUUCAGCGCAUGGGGAGAACUGGAAGAAAGCACGAUGGACAAGUUGUAGUUUUAGCUUGUGAAGGGACUGAACUGAAGGGAUACUUGCGGAAACAAGCCAAGAGCAAGGCUAUUAGUAAACACAUGCGGAAUGGGGGCAUAAAUAGCUUCACUUUUCAUCCUAGUCCCAGGAUGAUUCCCCACGUCUUUAAACCAGAGGUUCAGUUUGUUGAGCUGUCAAUUGAGAAAUUUGUUUCCCGUGAGAAGAAAGUAAGAGGUGACUCCAUUCAGAUACAUGCAUCUAUUGGCAAACUCACAGCAGCAGAGAAUAAUAUACUUGCGAAGUAUUUUCCAACCACUGGUGAAAAUACGUGGAAGCCAUCUCUUGUUGCCUUUCCUUACUUUCAGACAUAUCCUUCUAGAACACAUAAAGUGAAUCAUUCCUGUAGAGCAAUAAUGCUCAUUGAUUUGAUGCAACGUCUGCAAGGACAAACGUCAUUCUUAGGAAACAGUAAAACUUCCAUCCCUCAGGAUGGCCCGUGUAUAGAAGCUAGCAAUGCAUCCGACCUAAACAAGAUUCGCGAAGUUAGAUCAGACAACAAAUCACACUCUAGGCAUACCGUUGGAAGCAAUGCAGUCUCUGUAAGUUGCCUGAAGCUGGAUUCCUCUCGUUUAGGGAUUCAGACUGAAGACUUUGUUGAUCUAACUGCACCAGAUAAUAUUGUGGGAGAACAGAGAUCGCCUAAUACAAGUUGCAUAAAGAAGGAUGAUCUACCGUCAUCUAGUUUUAUUGACUUAGAUGAAAAUAAAGAGAAAACAUGUGAGUUUGAAGAGACAGUUCCUGACACUCCAAUUGCUAACACAGUUAUGUCAGAUGAAGGGCAUAGCAAUAGUGGAACGCCUGAUCAUUCUCAGUUCAAGACAUCUUUGUUGCUAGACGACGUAUUCAAUAACGACAUCAAUGAGUCCCAGUGUAGUCCCCGUUUGACCAGUUUAAUUAAAAGUGGUGUUGUUCCAGAGUCUCCCAUUGAUGAGAGGACUGAUUUUCUUCCAGGGUUAUCAAGAAGCCAGCUUAUCAUUCGGCACUGUAAACCACUUGUUCAUCACCAGACGGAACAACAAAUUACCUCAAGUCUAGGGACAAAUGAAGAGGUCGUUAUUGAUAAUGCCGCAGAUGUAAAUAACGUACCUAUUGAUCCUUCUAAUAAUGAAACUCAAACUCUUUUAUUCGAACGGAAGAGUCGUGCAAUUAGAAGAGUUCAUGUCUUUAGUUCUCCUGUGGUGGAGGAAGCCCAAAAUCUUUUAGCGGAUAUUACCAACCGGAGCUUUAGUGAAGAUUCACCUUUAUGUGGUGGAAAUGUUGCUGAUAGUGUCAAGCCAGCACAUAGAUUUAAAAGGUUGCGUAAAGCUGACGAUGGUAGGCGUCAUAGGAAAGAGAAAAGCAGAAAAGAUCAUGGCAAAGGUAGAAGGAAAUCAAUGCACAAUGUCAGAGUCUUCAUUGACGACGAGGCUGAGGUUUCUUCAGAAGCUGACGUUUCUAAUGAUGAGGAUGGUGAGGAUGACAGUUCAUCGGAUAGUUUCAUAGAUGACAGGAUGAACCCUACAGCAACAACUCAGUCCAGAGCUAGCGGAAUAGACAUGAUGGCAAUAUACAGGCGUUCUUUGCUCAGUCAAAUACCAGUUGAAGGAGGGACCAACGUUUCUGCAACAUUUAGUCCUGACUACGUGUCGUCUAUGACUAUAAUUAGUGAAAAUGAGGACUCUUCUGGCAGCAUACCAAGACAUAUUCAGACUCGUCAAAUUGAGCAAACAAAUCAGUCAGCUUCCAAGAGUUUGCAGUCCGUUGAAGGCAACCAAAUCACCUCAGAAGCUACACCUUCGAGUAGUUUUCCUGCUGAAAACACGACACAGAUGAGAAGUCGAAAAAGAAAAUUGUCAUUUCAUCGUUUUGGAUUUCCAAGUGCAAAUCUUGAGCAGCAAUUUGCACUUCAAUCAAACGAAGAACCUAUGGAUGCUUGUGCAGCUAAGGAUAUUCUCUGUGAUGAUCACAUUUUUGAUAAUAUUGACCUUGAUGAGUUGGAGGCUCAAGCAGCUUCUCUUCUUAAACAAAACUCAGAUUUUUCAGCUCAGAAGCAAGGUGCGCAUACAAUACCUCAAUCUCACUUGCAAAAUCCUCACCUUUCCAACCCAUCAUUCGACCUUGGGAUAUGA